CUGCUUUCUACCUUCUUAUCCUUCUAUAUAUAAAUCAGUUAGUAACUACACUGGUCUUCACCAUUUGAAGAACAAAGACAUGCACAGAGUUAUCAGAGUUGAGCAUUCAAUUACUAUCAAGUAUCAACCAUGGAACCUAUGGUUCUGAACCUAACCAGCAUGAGAACUUCUUCAGAUGGAGCUUGGCAGGGUGAUAAUCCUCUGAACCAUGCCUUCCCAUUGUUGAUAGUUCAGACCACUCUGGUCCUCUUCAUCAGUCGCCUCUUAGCCUUCAUUCUCAAACCACUCCGCCAACCCAAGGUCAUUGCCGAGAUCUUAGGUGGGAUUUUGCUAGGACCUUCUGCACUUGGCCUGAUCAAAGAUUUCUCCCCCAUCAUAUUCCCUUCAUGGAGCACUCCCAUACUCGAAUCAGUAGCAAGCAUCGGCCUCCUCUUCUACCUAUUCCUCGUAGGCCUCGAGCUCGACUUGCGCUCCAUUCGCCGCAGUGGCAAAAGCGCCAUCACCAUAGCACUCGCAGGCAUUUCCCUCCCUUUCCUCAUCGCUGUAGGAGUCACAUUCCUCAUGCGCAAGGCCAUCAACGGUGAGAACAAAGUAGGUUACCCUCAGUUGUAAGAUCAAAUAUGGACAUAACACAUAUCAUCAUAAAGUAAUUGAUGAUUAGCUUAAUAUCAAUCCUAGUUUAACAUGGAUACAAA